AUGUUAUUGUGUAUAUUCCUUAUUCUUAGCAUCUAAGCCAAAUAAAUCAAGUAACCUUCCCCCAGAUAUAUCAAUGAAACUAUCGAACCAGGUAAUUACACUCGUUAGGCUCAAGAAAAGUUGUCUAUACAAUAUGGAGCAUACCCUGGAGUCUUCGCUGUUGAUUUGCAUAAACGAGUCAAUGGAUAAAUUGGAAGUCAAAGUUUCAAUCUAGAUGAUUUUGAAAAAGUAGAAGAGGAUAUUAUAGGUGAGUAUGGUUGUUUUGCCAUUCAAUAAAAUUUAGAAAUCUCUUACUAAUUAAAAUUAUGGCUAGACAAGACAGGAGUUACAAGAGAUGUUUAUUUCACGGAUCUUGCUACCUCUGAAAGUUCUUCUAGAAUUUAUGUAGUCAGAAAUGACUUUAAAAUAUUCUCCAUAAAUCUAGAAAGAGGAUAUUAUGGGAUCAGUUUGGAUAGCUAAUAAUAAUCAUUUGCUUCUUUAUUGAAGUAUGAUCCAGAGGGUGAAUUUAAUCAUCCAUUCCUUAUCGAUGACAUGGGUGAAAACAGAAUCUAUAUUAUCACUUCUAAUGGUGGAGCAAGUUUCAAUACUGACACUCAAUUAGCACUCUCUUAAUUCAGAUUAGAGUCAGAAGUCAAAUAGAAGGAUUUCAUUUUUAAUGUUCAUUAUAAUGUCAAACACAAAUUGAUUUAUGUUGCAUGUGGUCACGAUGGGUUGGACGUCUAUAAGAUUUCAAAUAAUCAACUCGUAUUUGUGUCCACCAUUACAACUAUUCAAUUGAAAAUACCCCAGGGAUAAGUUAUUGAUGUUGAUUCCAAUGGAGAUGAUCGAUUGUACGUUCUAGACAAAGAAACAGGACUUCGAUUUUAUAAAAUCUAUAAUCUGGAAAAUGGAUAGGUCGAUCAUCUUUUUACUAUAACUAUUUCUAAAACUAAGAGUUUUGAUCAUUUUGAAAGCACUUUCUUUAUUGUUGCCAAAACUGUCAAUAAUCAAGACUUCGCAGUUGAAGUCUUUGUUGAUUUUUAAAAUGCUGAUUACUUUUUCAACAAUUACUACAUAGAUGAAAUGACUAUAAAUGAUGUCAACGUAUUCGAGUACUAUGCAGUUUUAAUCGGAGAUGAUGGACACAAAAUUGUUCAACACUCCAUUUAUUCAGGUUUUCUGGAUGAAAAGCUCCUAUCUCACACAUCCUUCUAGGAUCCAGAUUUGUUUAAACUUAAAGAAUAUUCAUAUGAGGAACAAAAUACUCUGAACAUUCGUUUGUUAGUAGGUAUUGCAAGAUAUGAGUUCAAAUUUAUGACAAUAAAAAUGAAUCAUCCUAUUGUAGAAUGCAAAUUUGAGGAUGCUGAAGUCAAUCAGUAUAUUGUCUUAUUGAAUUCAACCAACUGUAAAGGAAAGGAAGAAACACCUAAUGUUUGGCAAUAAUAAUUUACACUCUGUAAUAUUACCCAUUCAUUCACAUUUACAACUACUGAGAUUGCAGGGAACUAUUACGCAUAUGCAUAUUACACUAUUGCAAUUUAUGUUCUAUUUGUAAUUAUUGUAUGGCUCAUUAUUUUUAUGUAUGUCUGCUUCAAAAAAUGGGGCCACAAACUAUCCUUUUUGGCUUGGAAGAAAAAGAUUGUCGAUUCAACUGCUCCAUAUAAUGAAAGUUUUGAUGUUAAAGAGUAAGAAAUGGCUGAUUAAAAAUCAAAGUCUUGAAUUUAUAUUUUUAAUUAAUUUAAUGAGUUAAUCAAUUUUUGAAA